AUGGAGAACCCCAGCGCGGCCUCAGGGUCUCAGCUGAAAGACGGCAAGCGUAGAAGAGAUCGAAACAUGAGGAAACCAAAGAACUCGCCAAAAAGCGGUCAGGUUAAUGAAAAGAGCUCCAAAAAGGAUUCCCAGCAGGAUACCAAAAACGGUGACGUUAAGAAGAGAUCAUCUCAAAAACGUUCGAGACCUGAAAGGAAAAUCACUGAGGAUUCGAAGCAUAGUGGUACACCUUUGGUAAAUGUACCGAAAACAACACGCUUAUCAAAGCAGUGCAAGGAACAAAUACAGCAAUUUCAACACAUUAUUGGGAAAGAGAAUUUUAAAGUCUUCAAGAAGUCCAAAAAUAGUACUUCAUAUGGCCUCUCCGUAUCUUCGGUCAUGGACCAAGAGAAUUUCACUUUUGUAGUGAAUAUCCCGUUUUCAUAUCCUAGCCAGCCUUUGAAGCUAGAGCCCCCGUCGGCCUCGCGAACGGCAGAAACGUGCACUGAAGGCGGCAGGAAGCUUGCCAAUAUUCUCAACAACUUCAAUAGCAAGUCGCGUGAAAUGACCUCAGACGGAGCACCUCUGACUGCUCAACUUAACUAUUUGAUUACCCAAUGGUCAAAACUGAGCGAUUCUAAUUAUAAACGUACCGACAAAUUGUACAAAGAAUUUCUCGCUGAUAUCACACCGUAG